AUGGCGAGGAAGUCGAUCCUCGUGUACGAUCUGUUGAAAACCGAGCAACCGCCGGAAGGUUUCACCGAGAGGGAGAUCGUAGAACAAAUCAGUACCAGGCACGACAUCAUGGCUGGAAAAACCCUUCGGAAGCAGGUGUCCGUGGCGCUUCGUCGUGGCGUCGAUUUUGGCAUCAUCGCCAAGAAAAACAACAAAUUUAGAUUCGAUCCUGAUAGUGCAAAAGUUAGUACCACCAGACGCAAAACCUCAUCGCGGAAAAAUGCUCGAGGAAAGAGUAAGAGCAGAAUUAUCAAAAGAACAACGAAGACGCAGCAACGAUCGAGCACGAAGAACAAAAAUCGUAACCAAAAGCGACCGGUACCGCAGCCAAAUCUACCAAAAUCGUGGACACCGAGCAAGAGAAACUUGACUGACGAGCCAUUGUCGAAAGUGAAGAAAGUUUGA